AUUUUCUUCACUUCGUUCCAAUUAAGAUGCCUGCUGAAUUGUUUUGAACUUUUAAUAGAUCAAAAUGACGUAACGCGAUGAUAAUUUAACAACCAACAUGGAGGCUACAAAAGAAUGGCCUGACUUCUUCAACAAUACGAAGACCUUCAAAUCCGGUGCAUUUGAAGAUCCGUACGGCGUGAAUGACGUCAUUGAUGUGUCUUCAAAGAUCAACUACACUUAUUACGAUAAUUUCACUGCACCCGAUUAUACGAACUUCACAACGGACAAUUUUUGCGCGUCUAACUUCAGCCAUGUCUAUUUGAAUGUGACUUGCGAAUUCCCUAUUGAUUAUGCUGAGCCUAUGUAUGGAUACAUCGCACCGUUCCUGCUAGCCACCACUACCGUCGCCAACACUCUCAUUGUCGUCGUGCUAUCCCGCAGACACAUGCGCACGCCCACCAACGUCGUGCUCAUGGCCAUGGCUCUUUGCGACAUGUUCACGAUGCUCUUUCCGGCCCCGUGGCUCUUUUAUAUGUACACGUUUGGGAACCAUUAUAAGCCGCUGAGUCCGGUCACGGCGUGUCAAGCUUGGAACUAUAUGAACGAGGUCAUCCCAGCUAUGUUCCACACGGCAAGCAUCUGGCUGACGCUGGCGCUGGCUGUACAGCGAUACAUCUACGUAUGCCACGCGCCUGUAGCGAGGACCUGGUGCACAAUGCCGCGCGUCACCAAAUGCCUGAUCUACAUCGGCAUAGCGGCGUUCCUGCACCAGUUGCCUCGCUUCUUCGACCGCCAGUUCAUCCCUCACCACACCGUCUGGCGUGGACACUACGAAGACGUGUGCAGGAUACAAAUAGCUCCAUGGGUGCACUCUCUCUCCCUGGACGCCUAUUUCAUCUCCUACUUCGGCUUCCGCGUACUCUUCGUCCACCUCAUCCCCUGCACAUCUCUCGUGGUCCUCAAUAUCCUCCUCUUCAGGGCCAUGCGCACCGCUCAACUCAACCGACAGAAACUCUUCAAGGAAAACAGGAAGUCAGAGUGUAAGAGACUCAGGGAUUCCAACUGCACAACCCUGAUGUUAAUUGUCGUUGUCACAGUCUUUCUUCUAGUAGAAAUCCCUGUCGCCGUUGUCACAAUCUUGCACAUUAUAUCUAGCAGUUUAGUCGAGAUUUUAGACUAUCACAUUGCGAAUAUUCUCAUUCUUAUCACGAAUUUCUUCAUCAUUGUGUCGUAUCCCAUCAACUUUGCUAUAUACUGCGGCAUGUCCAGGCAAUUUAGGGAGACGUUUAAGGAGUUAUUUAUUAGAGGAGCGGUUACUAGUAGGAAAAAUGGAGGUUCUAGUAGAUAUUCCCUAGUUAACGGCCCUAGGACUUGCACUAAUGAAACUGUGCUCUAGAUAAUUAAGGAGAUAUUUUGUAUAUAAACUGUGCUAUUUCCACUGAUAGAUUGUAGAUUAUGUUUGUCUAUUUUAUAUAGCUAUAAUAGACAUAUCAAUAUGUAGAAAUUUUGGCGAUUUUUUUGAGCGGCCUUUGUGUUAAUAAAAUAUCUAUUAAUAGUUGUAGCGCAUAAAAAUAUUGAAUGUUGUAAUUUUAUACAUUUUCAGUUACUUUUUUGUGACUUUGGCAGUUACCUGAUUAUAAAAUAUUUAGUAAAUAAUUGUUGUUUUUAUGUUAAUGAUCAGCUAAUGUCAAAGUCUGCGAAUGGAGAGCCCCCGUUCACAAAAAGUAGCAGAAAUUAUUGUAAAAUAUAGAUGUUUAUAAUAUUGUUUUCAUUUAUAUCUGUAAAUAUAUAACUAUAUUUAAAAUGUAACGUUUCUUAUAUAUUGGAAACGUAUAACGUUGUAAAAAGAAUAUGUAGAUGUAUUAUUUAUGUAAAACAUUAUGAGCUAUUCUGCCUGAUUCGAACUUUAAGAUACGUCAAAUAUUACAUAUAGAUACGAUAUGGAUUAGAUUAUUAUGUCAGUUUCAAAAGUGAUUUGAAGUAACGUCACCUUUGACACUGACAUAUCUAAUCCAUAUCGUAUCUGGACGUAUUAUUUGACGUAUCUAAAAGUUCGAAUCGGGCCGAUUGUAUUACACACAAAAUAUAUAUAAAUGUGACUUCUGUGCUUAUUUGACUGUGCGUUGUCUAAAAUGGAAUGAAUUUUGUAUUAAGGACCAUGGCGAAUUAAAACAUCAUUUAGGUUCACUGUAACUGAAUAAAGAAUUGUAAUUAUUA